GUGUUUAACAAUUCUUGAGAAAAGUUGGAAACAGAGUGGAGGAAUUGAACUUAACAAUUUAGUUUUCCAUUUUAUGAUGUAUACUUUGAGUUUGGUAAUGUACUUGACUUCAUGAUCUUGGUAUCAUGUUAUUUCCUCAUUUUUUUUAGAGACAAAGGUACAGGUGAGAAGAGUAUACUCUAUGAAGCGUUUCAUCACAAAAGCUACCUCUCGGUUUUCCGAUGGACAUCUGCUGUCGCCCUCAUAGUAGAAGUUGUGCUUCUUUUAGUGGCUUACAUUACGUGUAAUGAUCCCAGGUAUCAGUAUCUCCCUGCGGAGUGCUUCUUUAUAUUUGUGAUGGUGAUAUUCAACAUUUAUUUGGUAUGGUGGGAUACCAGACUCAGGCACAAGGAGCUUUCAAAACAGACACACAAUCUUCUGAGAGAUCUCAAAGAAGUUCAAGCCAGUGCAGCCUGGUGCGAGGAGAACUAUCCCCAUCUGCACAGUCCUCUCUCCCCGUGCAUAACCUUGCAGUGGACAAAGCGAGAUGGAUCAAUAGUUAACCUACCUUGGUCGCUGCUAGUCCGCGGGGAUGUCAUUUUCCUGAAGCCGGGUCAGCGGGUACCAGCUAGGUGUAAAGCCAUACAGGACACAGUAUGCAGCAACAUGGUUGAACUUCAAAUGGGGGACAUAUAUUCACCCAGUCUGGAUGACGUUGGUGAGGGCUUCAGCUCCCCGAAAGCCCGCAUGCCUCUUAAACCUAGUCCUUACCUACUUUUGGAAACACCGUACAUCACAAACUUGAGAAUAGCUCUAAUGGAAGGUCUCAAUCGACCCGUGACUGUGUUCAACAAGCAGCGAGUCAAACUCUUCUGCUGGGCAAUGGAAACUAUAAUCCUUCCUAUAUCUGUGGUUCUUAUCCUAGUUAUCAACACGCUUCGUUUUCAUUAUAGCAGCUGGGUAGGCGACUGGACUGAAGUCCUCUUAAUAAGCCCAGUUUCUGUUGCGUUACCCUUGAUUCCAUUGGGCUUGCCCGUGACAUGGGUGUUGCUCAAUUGGCUGGGCAUAGCUCGCAUUCUGACAAUGUACCACCAUGCCAAGAAUUUGCAGAGUGACCCUUUGGAAGACCCCUUUGAAGAAGCUGAACUAGAAGCUCUGCAACUCUCGGAACUUUCUAUGAAAUGGUCCGAAUUACGCUGUCACUUUGUUCUGACAAUGCUGGGAAAGGAACCGUCACCCAUCAGGACGGCAAAUAUUCUUCAUGUAUUGGCAUCUGUCACAAAUCUAUGUUGCGUUGACAAGAAGGGGGUCCUGUCCUGGCCAAACCCGACAGCAGAAAAGGUGUUUUUCCUCAAAAACAGAGCACACAAUAAUCUCUCAUCCAGUGUCCCAUCAUUAUAUGGAGAUGACGACUUGCUUCACGAGGCUACCAUAGAAAAAAUAGCAUCUCCACAGCCUACAAAAGAGUCUGAGAGCGUCCUUCUAUCCCUCACACAUGAUCACCAGACGGCUUUUGGCCUGCAGUUUGAUGAUCCAAUGUGGCGACGGUAUCUCCUGUCACUCAAACCCUUGGGCCUGAACAUCCUGUUGAACACCUGCAAUCCUGCAACACAGAACCAUUACACGCAGUUCUGCGCACAUAUAACGUGCGAGGCAAUGUAUAAUGAAGACUUGGUUCCCGUUUCUCAGAGGAGCAGUGUAGGUCAUGCGUGUGAGCACCGUCACAUAGUGGAUAUGGACAUACCAGUGUGCAGUCGUGGGUGCUUGUGUGAGUUAGCCAAACAAAUAGGGUUUACCGAGCAAGCCCAGGUGCCCUUUGAGUUGGAGCACCAACUCUCAACCUUCAGACAUGUGCCUCCAGACAUGGCUUGUAAGGAUCGCCUAGCCAAGUCGCUGAUGAUCACAAAACUCAAGUUUCCCUUUCCCCACAUGGUCUCGGUACUUAUGCGGGACAGAGCAUCUCAGAAAUUAGAGUUGAUGUCACAGGGUACAGCCGACAUCAUUCUGGAUUCUUGUACAGACUAUUGGGAUGGAUAUGACAUUUGCCCUCUAACUGAAAAGGACAGAAAGAAGAUUCUGGAUUUCUACCACCGUACAAGUUUGUCGGCCUAUUGCACAGCUUUUUCGUAUCGUCCCACGUCCUGUGUCGUCCGAGAGAAUUUGAGUAAUGUCUACAUGGAGCUCCCUAUUGACCCAACCCACAUUUACAAUGCAGCUAGAACUCCCACACCCCACAUUAGCACAGAGGCGCUCUUUGGAGACGAAGGUCACACCGAAUAUGAGGAAAUCGACGACAUUGACGAUGCCUUUCGCAUGCAGUGCAAGCAGAUUUUCAUUGGAAUGGUCACAAUGCAGUAUCAGGCAAAAACAAAUAUGGUACAAAUGAUCGAGCAGCUAGAUGCUUCGUGCAUCCGUUUCGUUCACUUCAGCAAGGAAAACGAGCUCCGUUCCCGUGUGUUCUCAGAAAAGAUGGGGUUAGAGAGUGGGUGGAACUGCCACAUAUCCUUACUGUCGGAUAGAACAAGAACUGAAAGUGGGAAUUCAAGUCGAGUUGGGCAGCCCACUUCUGCCAAGACAUCAGGGCUAACUUUAUACAGGCAGUCGACUGAAGAUGUAAACAGCCCAGAGCUCUCCAAGAGUCGAUUUCGCUCAUCCUUUAAGGGGUUCCAACGUAGUAAGAGCCUGCGGAGAAAGGGGCUCGGUUUAAGGAGUUCCCUAGAAGUUUCUCGCACUCUCAGCCACUCAGCUCCUUCCGCUAUAAAUCUUGACGUCGCCCAAGUCAAGUUUGAGGAGGAAGUGUCGGUCUGUUCUGAGUCCUCACACUCUCAGACUUCCUAUUUAGACGAUGACGACCACAGACUAGAAAGAUACGAUUGCAACUGCCAAGUUGGAACAAGCGAGGAGUGCAUGAUUCUCGCUGAUGAGGACCACAUGUGCCAUGUGCACAGCGACCAGCAUUCGCAGUCGUCGGCACAUUCUAGGUCGCGAUCACCGUCUCGAGUAACAGACAGCACAGAGCACUCUACUUCUUUCAACUUUGAUAUGUCCAAUCGGAUUGGUAUUUUUAAAAGAUUCAUAAGUGACUGCAAUGACUCCUUUGAUGGUGCCAUCAGCCUAUCCGAGCUGCAGCAGGAUGGCUACUCGCCAACAAUGCCAAAUGACAAGGAGUAUGAAGCCCAGCUUCCAAAGGGCAUCGAAAACAUCAAGCCACACUUGGAAAACGUGGACAAUGUUCCUCUUCUUGUGUCUCUCUUCACCGACUGCAACCCCCCUGCUACGCGCGCUAUGCUCUCAAUUAUGCAGGAAUAUACUGAGGUCACCAUCGUCAUGGGUUCCUCUGCUAAUGCAGAUAACAUGAUGUUGUUCAUGCAGGCUGAUGCGAGCCUCUCAGUAGACCCCCUCUACCCACAAGUGUGCAUGCGAGAGCCAGUUUAUUCACGCCAAUCACCUUCGAAAGGGCCAUUGCCCACUGAGGUCGCUCGGUCACUAAAUACGCUUCCCUGUUCGCUCUCAUUCCAUCCGGAUGACAAGGUGUCACUUGUCCAUCUGAUUAUGGAAUCUCGUCAUUACAUGCAGCAGGUCGUCAGCUGCUUUCAGUUCUGGGCGUGUUGCUGUAUGUCCAUCACCUUUUUGCAGCUGCUAGCAGCAAUGGCUGCACUCCCACCCUUAUUGUCGUCAGGCGAUGUUUUGUGGCUGACAUGCAUCAUUAUUCCCAUCCUCUCUGUAUCUUUGGUGGCAGCUCCAACAAAUCCGUGCGUCAUGAAUCAGGCCACGGGGAAGAAUGUGGUCGUGCUGAAUAAGCAGAUAUUUCAGUACGUGUUCCUUUAUUACAUCUGCAAAUUCGUCCCGUCUGUGGUGGUUGUAUUGCUUUGUGGGGGAAUCACCCUAGCUAGAUUCUGCUUAAACAUCAUCGCUCAGCAGCAGAACUCGACGUGUUAUUACAUAUACCCAGAUGUGGUAGUUCCUAAUGUUGCUAAUGGCAGUACAAAGACAGAGGAGCAUUAUACCUGGAAAGGAUGGGGUGACCAGCAUAAUCAUUCCCUCAGUGCCGUUCAGAACGGAGUGGCAUUUUUACUAGUCUUAUACUUUUGUAUGAUCUCUGUGUCCUUUGUUCAUCGGAUGUACCAGCUCUGGAAGAGGAAUCCUUUAACCAACAAGUGGUGGGCAGCUAGUAUUUUUGUAGUGUUGGUCCUACAGAUUGUAUACGGGAGCAUAUCCAUAUCCCUGCAUUCAUCCUCAGAGACUGCAGGACCUUCUUUGGCCGAUAUCCCUGUAUGGCUGUGGUCGAUUGCGUUUGUCUGGCCGAUUAUAUUGAUCCCCAUAAACGAGCUCAUAAAAAGACGUGAAAUAAGGGUGAACGUCCGAUACCAGAAGAGAGCGAGACUUGAAUUUGGGACGAAGUUAGGUAUGAAUUCUCCUUUCUAAAAAAUUCACCAGCACCUCAAAUUCAGUACAAUGUAGAUGUCGGUGUCUUACGGCUGCUCUAGGAUACGUACGUAUUACUAAGUGUACUUUUCACACGAUGAGAAUUCACAGCCGAUCUGAAAGUGUUUGUGUAAGAUAUGAAAUAUGUAUAUAUUGUGUAUAUGUAUGAAUAACAGUGUUAUGUAUAUCUAGAGAAUAGAAGAAAAAUGAUAACAUUUUUUACCGAGAUAGUCAUAAUUUUCGUCUUAAGUAUAAGAAUGAACAUUUUAAUAUAAAUAUAUGCUUUUAAGUCCAUGAUGAAUUAUAUUGUAUUCAGCUGUUGUUGCAUUGAAUAUUGCAAUAUUUUAAUAAUCAAUGUUAUGAAAUUUAUUUUUAUUAUGCAAAAAUGUUUAUAUUGUACAGUAACCAAGUUAUCUAAACACAUUCAUGUGAUGUAAUGGAACUGAUUGCCAUUAAAAAGGUUGUGAUACAGAA